AUGUCUUCCAACAAGAAAAACAUCAUGAGAACAAUUUUCACAACAAAUGGUAGCUGUGGAUCAUGCGUAAAACCAAAAGCCAUUCAAGUCCACGAACCAACCCUAAAGUCAAAAAAUUCCAUUAAACAACCUAAGGUCACAAGUCCAAGUAGCAAAACUUCUUCUACAACAACCUCCGGCGACCGAAACAACUCCGUUUGCAGCGUCGACGACAGCGACGAAUUCUCAACCACCACGUUCUCGGAAGCCGAUACAGUAAACAACUACUCCGCACCCAAGCAGAGUCCAUUAAUGAACACCGUUGCCGUCGAGAAGGACUCUCAAAAUCCGUAUCAUGAUUUCAAACACUCCAUGCUUCAAAUGAUCUUCGAGAAUGAGAUCGAUUCCGAAGAUGAUCUUCAAGAUCUUCUCAGGUGCUUUCUUCAUCUGAAUGAAUCAUGUUAUCAUCGUGUGAUCGUUAAAGUCUUCAAUGAAAUCUGUCAUGAAGCUUUUCCUGAUAAGGUUUGUAGUAUUGCUACCAAUCUUUCGAAUGAAGAUUGA